UGCAACGUCAACAGUGACGGAUUGGCCUUGGUUGCCCGAACAAAGAAGAACCAUGGCAGUAUCUAUCUUCAAAUUUCUUCUUUGUUACAACCCAAGUCAUGCGGCCUCUUUCUGGCCGGCGUCUCUUUUAUAGUGACCACGCACCAGCUUCUAUUGUAGCCCUUCAUUGCUAUUGUUCAAGCACUUCACCACUCUCUUGUCCUCCAUCCCAUUGUCACGCACAUAGAAUCAUGCAUCAAUAGAGUAUACGGGCCAUCCCGCUCCUUAGCAUUGCUUUCUCUUCUUCUUCUUUUCUUUUUCCCAUUCUCGUUCUCUUUAGCAUACGGUAGCUGGUCUACAUCGACACCAAUCACGUCAACAUUCCUAAUUCGGUAGACGUAAUCCGUUCAAGGCACACUGAUACAUCACCAAUAUUCUACUCGGCGGCCACCGGUUCCCUUAUCCGGGCGAUCCACAGAUUGCAUCAUGUUCUAUAACGAAAAGCCCGGGGCAGUGCCUCAUGUCCCUCCAAGCCUAAAUCACGAAACCUGGCAAACGCUCGACCUGCAUAACGAGCCCCGGACUGAACAGCUGCAGCCCCACGCCCACACGGCGCCCACAAUCACGCCGUACUUGGGACUCCGAGCAAGGCUCUCACAGCUCUGGUUCAACCGCUGGACCGUACUCCUGAUUCUCGUCCUCGUUCGCGUCCUCAUUCUUACUGCUAGCCUCGACGACAACAUCGGCGACGCGAAGGUCAAAGCCCUCUCAGCAUGCACCAAGGUCGAAGAUGUCGGCAGCGCCAUGGCAUCCAUGCCGCACUACCUGUCUGUCGGCGUCAACUCUCUGGCCUCCGAGGGUAUCACCAAGGCUAUUUCGGGCAUGGUCCAGACGCUGAUGCUGAUUAUGACGGGCGUCGAGAGCCUCAUUUUCUUCAUCAUCAACUUGUUCGUUGGGACAUAUGCUUGCCUAAUUGCGGCCCUGAUCCACGGCGGUCUGGAUGUCUCGGUCAAGGUUGUGGAGGGGGCCACCAAGGUUAUGAAUAGCGCCAUCAACACCAUCACCGGUCAGAUCGCCGAUUCCGUUUCUGACGUUCAGGACGCCAUCAACGAGAUCCCCGACAAGUUGUCCAGCUUCCUCGGCGGAAUCGACUUUGACCUCCCCAAGAUCGACAUCACCAAGAACCUUGACGACUUGAAGAACAUUAAGGUCAACAGCAAGGACCUCGUGAAAGACUUGGUGUCCCUAAACACCAGCAUCCCGACCUUCGACGAGGUGGAGAACUUCACAAAAAAUGCCAUCGCGAUCCCGUUCAACUUUCUUAAGGAUCAAGUCAACAGCAGCCUGGGGUCGUACAAAUUUGACGAGUCAGUCUUCCCUGUGGCCAAGAAACAGGCCCUCUCCUUCUGUUCCGACAACUCGUUCCUCAAUGAUUUCUUCGAAACGCUCUUCGAUAUUGUCGCCAAGGCCAAGAUUGCAUUCUCGGUUGUCAUCCCGAUCCUAGCUGUCCUGGCGAUGCUCGGGAUGGGAUACAUCGAGGUCCGCCGCUGGCGGAAAGAGAAGGAGCGCUCUCGAGUGUUCACUGAGCGGGGAUACGAUGCGAUGGACGUCGUAUACCUUUCUUCGAGGCCCGUGACGGCCGGAUUUGGACUGUGGCUGGCGUCCAAGCUCAAGAACCUAAAAACGCGGCUGCUUGUCAGAUGGACCGUUGCGUAUGGAACCUCGCUCCCUGCGCUCUUUGUCCUGUCGCUCGCCAUGGCCGGUUUCUUCUCCUGCCUCUGCCAGGUCAUCAUUCUCCACUCCAUUCGGAAGGAAGCCCCGGCUCUGGCUGAUCAGGUCGGCGACUUCGCCGGUGACGUCGUGCAGACACUGCGCGAUGUGUCGACAGACUGGGCCGACAAUGCCAAUGGCGUCAUCAUCAAGCUCCAGGACGAUAUCAAUAACGAUAUGUUCGGCUGGGUAACCAACGCGACAACUGCGGUCAACAACACACUCAACACCUUUGACGAGGAGAUCGACAAGGCCAUCACCAGUCUUUUCAAGGACACCAUUCUCCUAAACACGGCACGCAACUUGGUCGGCUGCCUCAUCACACGCAAGAUCGAGACAGUCGAGAAGGGCCUCACUUGGGUCCAUGACCACGCGCACGUCACGCUACCCCUCUUCGCUGACAACAUCUUCUCGCGAGGAGCCAACGAUAGUAUCAGCGGUGACAGCGACUUGACGAGCUUCUUGGCUUCCCCCUCCACCGUGACCACUGACGAGAUCACCUCGGCCGUCAACCAGGUCAUCACGAAACUCGAGCACGGCAUCGUCCAGGAGGCUCUCAUCUCGACCGCCCUCCUACUGGUAUACGUCAUCGUUGUCCUCACCGGUGCACUCCGUGCCCUGGCGGCUUCGGUGCAGAAGGAGAAGACGCGUGCAGAGGGCGGCGAGCAGUACGGAGUAAAGGCGCCGGGAAGCAGCGGCAGCGGCAGCACGGAUAGGAUGAGCGAGCACCAACCCGGCGCCGACUACAACGACGUUUUGUACGCGGGCAGUGUCAAGAAAGGGCGACCGGGUCCCGAGAGGUGGCCGUCGCACACCAGAAAGAGCAGUUAUCCGGAAGUAGAAGGCCCAGGCCGCUAGGGGCGGUCUGCUCGCCCGCGUCCUGAUUUAGACGACCAGUCGACAGACGAGUGGGAGUUCUCGCUGCCGCCAUUACCACCAAAACGUAUGUACUCUCCCGUUUAGCAUGGGGUGGAGUGCGGCAGGGCUGUGCUGCCCCUGAAUAAGACGGAUGGAUUGCUGGCAAGUCGCGUCGCGUUUUCUUUUUCUGUUUCUGUUUCUUUUUCUUUUUCUUUCUCUUCUUUUUGUUUAUCCGGUAGAUGAAGAAGAUACCCGAGAUUGAAGUGAUUGUUGACUGCGUGCCCUCGGGC